AAGCCAUACUGUGCCCGUGACUACGGCGUAAUGUCAUCGAAAAAGUGCGUCAAGUGCAGCCAAGUGAUCGGCAAGACUGAGUGGGUGAUGAAGUGCAGAGGCGAGCUUUACCACACUACGUGUUUCACAUGCUCGGUGUGUGACUGCAUGCUACAGAAGGGCAUGUCUGUGGGCUUUACGCCCACUGGGCUUGUCUGUCAAGACCACAUUCCGCCCUCUGUCCUAACGCCUUCACCAGCCCAGUCCACCACAAGCCCUCAGACGCCCAGCAAGAUCAAGAGCGACCCUGAUGGCAGCCAAGAUAAUCAAGUCAAGCUUCAGAAAAACAGGGAAGCUAAAAGCCACGCCCGUGCCAACAGCCCCUACCCUCCGUGCAGGGGCAAGACGCCAUAUGGUCUCUUGCUUCAUCAGUCCCUCAGUCCCUCAGUCCCUCAGUCCCUCAGUCCCUCUGUCCUUCAGUCCCUCAGUCCCUCAGUCCCUCUGUCCCUCAGUCCCUCAGUCCCUCAGUCCCUCAGUCCCUCAGUCCCUCAGUCCCUCAAUCCUCCGUCCCUCCGUCCCUCGGUCCAUCAGUUCUGUUUAACAUUGCAGGCGCAUCAUCGCUGUCAAUGA